ACACGUGGAGGUCAGCAAGCAACAGAGAAUCCUGCCCUUGCACCCUCACUUGUAUGGCCCUCACUUGUACGGCCCUCACUUGGAUGGAUUGGCUUCACAGCCAAGAUGGAAAGGGAGCUGUUCAGAAAGCAAGAGCAGCCCUCUUGUACUUAAGGCACCACUAAAAACUACUUUCACAUACGUUGGGUCAUGCACUUGCCAUGCAUGUUAGCAAUCCUUGGCUGCCAGGUUUUCUUGCAUGAAACAAGAGCGUCCAGCUGCAAACAAUUGCUGAAGUGUCCUGAAAAUGCAUCUCAGUACAGAGAUGAGCCAGGGCUGUGCCAAAGGAUGUGAGCUGUGCUCUGAAUUCAACGGGUGCCUCAAGUGUUCGCCGAAACUCUUCAUCCUCCUGGAGAGAAAUGACAUCCGGCAGAUUGGAAUUUGCUUGCCCUCGUGUCCCCUGGGCUACUUUGAUGUGCGCAACCCAGACAUGAACAAAUGCAUCAAAUGCAAAAUUGAGAACUGUGAGGAUUGUUUCAGCAGAAACUUUUGCACAAAGUGUAAAGAAGGCUUGUUCUUGCACAAAGGGAGGUGUUACGCAGCCUGCCCCAAAGGCUCCUCUGCUGCCAAUGGCACUAUAGAAUGCAGCGGUCCUGCACAAUGUGAAAUGAGCGAGUGGGGGCCAUGGGGCCCUUGCUCUAAGAGAAGAAAACGGUGCGGCUUCAGGAGGGGCAACGAAGGGCGUUCCCGCAAGAUCCUCCAGGGCCCCGCUGGGGAUGCGUCUGUGUGUCCAGCUACAACAGAGCUCCGGAGAUGCACAGUGCAGAGGACCCAGUGCCCAGAAGGACAGAGAAAGAAAAAAGAUGACCAAGGCAGACGAGACAACACAAACGGGGACCGAAACCGAAAAGAUGCCAAAGACGGCAGGUCUGGCAACAAGAGGAGAAAAGGCCAGCCACGGGGGACAGUUGUGCCGGUGACCUCUGCUCAGUAGCUGUCCCACCACAGCGGUGCAAUGGCAAAACUUCAUUGCUGCUAUGUAUAUGGAAGCUUUAUUGAACCAGGACACUGCAACAUGACACCACAAGACACACCCGGGCUUGGCGCACAGGCAACAGCCCAUAUCUACUCAACGUGUACCUGAAACUAGCCUGUGCUUCAGGAGAGCAGUGAGGGACUCUCCCAGGUGACUCUUAAGCACCACAGACUUUCCGCUGGGGCCUUGAGGGAAAAUAACAUUUCCAGCAAGGAGGGCCUUUUGAGACUGAGCAGAAGAUAAUUUCCGAUGCAGACAAAGAGACUGGAAGCUACUUGUUCGAAGCCUGGAACUGCACAGCAACCGCCUUUGCGUCUCAAGCUCUGUUGUUGAUAAUAUAUUUUCAAUGUUUGUGAUAAACAUUCAAAACAUUUCAAAAGAAUAAAAAAACCCAAA